AUGAGGUCGCUACGCUUCAUUUCUGCUGAGGCCCUGGUGUCUCACCCCCAGGUGGCCAAGCAGAGCCUGGAUGGUGUGGCCCACAAUCUCUACCCACUCCUGUUCAAAGCCAGCUACUUGCUGGAGCAGGCAGAGGUGAUCCGCACCCUGCUGGAGCGCUGGCCGCUGGAGGAGUUCUGGCUGAGUGCGCUGCUCGGGCCGCGCUCGGAACCCCCGGAGGACUUGCGGGACCGCGCCUGCCGGGCCUGCCUGGAGGCCUGUGUGCAGGGCCUCGCGGACCACGUGCUCCGGGCCGGGGGCCCGAGGCGGCUGCGGGUGGCAGACCUCACAGGCAUCCGAGACGUGCAGGUGCAGCAGUGCCCCUGUGGCAGGGCGCUGGGCAGGUGGGGCCGCACGGAGCUGCUGGCCAGGACCUGCUGCCGGCUGCAGGCAGAGCCCCUAGUGGCCCAGCGCCCCAUCCAGGUCCUUGCUGACCUCUUUGUCACAGAGGGCAACUUCAAGGUGGUGGUGCAGGCCCUGGGGCCAUCAGGCCCUGCCCCACUGCGUGUGCACUGCCUUUCUUUCCGCGCUGACAGCCUGGGCCCCAGCCAGCUGCUGCACGUGCUGCGUCUGGCCGGGCCGGGUGAGCUGCGCAGGCUCGAGGUGGUGCACAACGUGCGGCUGCAUGCGGGACACGUGCAGCAGCUGCUGGCCCAGGUGGGCUUCCCCCAGCUGGCCUCGCUCACCCUGCCUGCCAAGGCCUUCGACGCGCCCCCCACCAGCACCCCAACCCCCGACGGCGAGGACCCCCUCCUCACCUCCAUCGCCUGGGAGCUCAGCCAGAUGACCCAGCUCACAGAGCUGAGCGUGGCCUUCUCCACCCUGACAGGGAAGAUUCGGAAACUGCUUGGCCCCCUGAGGACACCGCUGAGGGUCCUGGACCUGGCCAACUGCUCCCUGAACCACGCGGACAUGGCCUUCUUGGCAGACUGUGCCCACAGCAUGUGUCUGGAGGUGCUGGACCUCAGUGGGCACAGCCUGUUCAGCCUGUUCCCCUCAACCUUCUUCAGGCUGCUGGGCCGGGCUGCCCAGACACUGAGGAUUCUCACCCUGGAGGAGUGCAGCAUCGAAGACAGCCACAUGAGCAUGCUGAUAUUGGCCCUGAGCCCUUGCCACGAGCUCUGUGAGCUUCGCUUCCUGGGGAACCCACUGUCGGCCCGGGCCCUGAGGCGCCUCUUCACAGCUCUCUGUGAGCUGCCCAAGCUUCGGUGCGUAGAGUUCCCAGUGCCCAAGGACUGCUACCCUGAGGGCACCGCCUACCCCCACGAUGAGCUGGCCAUGUCCAAAUUUGACCAGCAGAAAUACAAUGUGAUUGCUGAGGACCUCCGGGCUGUGCUGCUUAGGGCUGGCCGGGGGGACAUCCAAGUCUGCACACCCCUCUUUGGAAGUUUUGACCCAGAUAUCCAAGAAACAAGCAAUGAACUUGGAGCUUUCUUGCUGCAAGCUUUCAAAACUGCUCUAGAAAACUUUUCUAGAGCGUUGGAACAAAUGUAGUAGGCCCUUGACAGGCCAAAGGGGGCCUUGUAGUUCAG